UUUUGGAAUCUGCAGGACAUAAGGCAUAUAUGUUCAUGGAUUCCGCGACAUCACCCGUUAUCAAGCAUAACGACAUUCGCGAUGGCGAUACUGUAAUGUUACAGCUUCUUAAUGGCGAAAUACGAAGCAUGAAAGUACAAAAAGAUUCGAACAUAACGCUAGGACGGAUUGGCUCUUUUCCUGGUGUACAUCUCCUGGGUCAAACGUACGGUUUGACAUAUGAAAUAGUGGAGAAAGAGCUCAAAGUAAUACCUCCACGAACUUUACAAGAUGUUGAGGAUACGGACGCAACGAAUGAGCUUAUUAACGAUGACGAUUUUGUACAACCUAUGGCUCUGGAGGAGAUAGAAUCUUGGAAGCGAGCUGGUAUGCAUGCCUCAGUAGGUUUUUUUUUAAAAUUACCGACGGUGGAUACUUCUGAAAACCUAGUAUUUCUGAAGGAUAUUAUAAAUAGACAGAUCGAGCAGCACGCAAAUUAUUCUUUGAAGACUGCAUACAGCAAAGAAAAAUACAAGAAGCGAAAAGAAGCCAAAUAUCUUAAAGCAUUUACGACGGUCGAGCCAACUCUUUUCAACGUCUGUACAUAUUGGUUUCGGAAGAAUCCCACUCGGAUACGCGAUAUUCGACCAGAUACGCUAUCGCAGAUCAUGAACAUGGCAAACAUACGGCCGGGUGGCAGGUACAUUGCUGUCGAUGAUGCUGCUGGUAUCCUUGUUUGUGGUAUCCUAGAUCGAAUGGGAGGCCAAGGGCGCUUAAUCACCAUAUGCGACGUUGAUUGUCCUCCUGCAUACCCUACUUUGACGCAAAUGAACUUCAAUCAUGAAGCGACGAUAUCAAUUUUAUCUUCUCUUAAUUGGGCUACUGCCCAGCCAGAUUACAUUUCAGUAAUGGCACCGGAACCUGUGACAGAAGUCAAGUCAGAACGACAUCGUUCUCGCCUGCAGAAACGGAAAGUAGUAACCGACGCGGUAUCUAACACGAGAGAAGAGCUUUUUUCUGGGGAGUUUGACGCUCUUGUUAUUUCUUGCGAAUUCGAUAUUUUGCAAGUCGUAGAAGUGCUCUCGCCAUAUCUAGCUGGCUCUGCAUCAAUCGUCGUUCACAGCCCUCAUAUACAGACAUUAGUAGAACUUCAAGCCAAGCUGCGUUCACUGCCUAACUUCAUAGCACCAUCUUUGACAGAAUCCUGGUUACGCUGCUACCAGGUGCUACCUGGCCGAACACAUCCAAUGAUGAAUAUGUCAGGUUCUGGAGGAUACCUUUUGCAUUCCAUAAAGAUAUAUGAUGUAGCCAAAACUUAAAAGAUACAUGACGCUUGCAACACCUUAUAGACCACCCCGCAAGCUAAGGAUAGGGUGAUAUGACAACAGUGACUGGGGUGGACACGGAUGAAUCACCUUGCUUGCCAAGGUAUCUGGCGCCUCAUGAUAUGAAACCAGUUUUCAUCCCACCCGCAGUUCCUGAUGUUGUAGGUUGUGUGGUGUCAAGGUCAAAUCCUGGUAACUACCUAUUGUUGUUGAUUGAGCCGAGUGACAACCCAUAAAUCUAAAUCUCCCUCAAAAUAUGCAUGGGAUAGUUUAUUAUUGAAUGCUAGUCAAGGAGGGGGCUGCCAAAAAUGGAAUACCUGGCACCAGCUUGUUU